CAGCGUCCAGCUGCUCGCUGUCUGCGCCAUUCCUUAGCCCGGCCUCCAGUCGUUUCUUCGCUCUUUUGUCUCCAAAGUGAAUGCGACUAGCUGGUCCUGGUCGUCACGCUCGAUAGCAAGCUAUUACUCUUCACUACAACCACAAUAAACCAUCCUCAACUAGCCAACGAUAAUAAUGUGCGGCGGUCCAAAGUGGAAGCGAGAGGAGGUUCCUGAUCAUAAGUUCGAUUUCCUGGACACGACAGAGUUUCACGACGAUGGCUGGUUCAUGCGACUCAAGUACAUUUGGCUCUACAUCAUCGUCCUCAAGUCGUUCCUGGUCUAUAUUUUCGACGUCUUCUCCGCAAUUACUAUGUUGUCAACAUCGAACUGGGCCAACGAAAUCUUUCGAGAAUGUGCGACUACCAAGGGAUGCUUCUUCAUUCCAUUCAACACUGGCAAAUGGCUAUUCGUGGGCUGUAUCAUCUUCUCUUUCCUUCUCCUAGCCUACGAGUCCCACAAGUCCAAAAAGAUCAUUGCCAGUCGGGACAUCUCAUUCGCGUUCACGAACGUCAUGGCAAACAACUAUUACUCUCUUCGUUCUUACGAUCACUUCUGUUUCUUCGAGCACAUUUCCGACUCGACAAAGCUCAUCGACGACUUUGCUUUCUUCGUCUUCUUCACCUUCAAGAGUUGGAAGCGGUUACUCCUCGCCGACGGACCCCGUCAGACCAUCAACGGGCUCACCCUCUACGCCGUCUGGUUGAUCAGAAAGGACAACCCAGGUGCAUGGUACCAUGUCACAAAAUACUUCGAAGGCAACAGUUUGUCGACAACGGCCCUGACUCUGACAGCCCUGUUCACGGUAUCCGUUUUCUUGGGUUCCCUAUUACUCCUCAUCAUUGCGGGCAUCUGCUACAUUCCCCUUUUGAUCCACAUUCGGGGAAACCUCAAGGAAUACUGCUGCCACAAAGUUGAUAAGCGUAUCAGCGACAUUAUCAAGAGGAAGAACAAGGAACGACGAGCGGAGAAUGCCAAGAUUGCACAGAAGGAAGCCAUGGGUGACUUCUCGCACUACAAGAACAAGAAGGGCGAAAUGGUCGGAAAACCUCUCCCUCAGCCUACACUCCCCAACGUCUCACUCGAUGAUGAUGACGAUACAUCGACACUUGCCACUCGGGUUGCGCCCAGCACACACACUAAGGCUAGCGACUAUUAUCCUGACAAAGCCUACGAUUACCCCCCUCCCAUGCCUGCAUACAAUCCAUACUCCAACCAACAACAAUACAACCAAUCUAGCGCUUCCCUCGGCUAUGAUGACGCCUACUACAGCCAACCUUACGAAGAUGAGGAUACCGCUCGUCUCACCGCUUCUGCUGCGCCGGUGGCAUAUGCUGGUUCGAACUACCAUGACUAUCCUGCGCGGUCAGCGUCCACAGCUCCUAGUGCGCACCGAUAUUCGCCAACGACGGACAAUCACCCACCGCAGUAUGGCGGGCAACAACAGUAUUAUGUUCAAGACUAUUAUCCUCAGCAAGGUCCUCAAUAUGGUCAAGACCAGAACAAUUACGGGUCGGGCGCAUAUCGUCCAUCGUAGCAGCUAUCCUACCCCUCCAGACUUUAAUAGACUCUUCAACGGCUCCGUGGUGCUGUUUGUAAAUUAUAGAUUAAUUUUCAAUGGCACGUUCCGUCCAUUCA